AUAAAUCAUUCAGCCGCUUCCCGUCGUGAAUCACAUCCGCCGGCGACUAUGAGUCGAUUACAUCCGCCCCUGUCCCUGCCCUCACUGCCGCUGUCUGCCGAAGUCUGAACGCCGAAUGCUGUGAACGGCCUUUCUAGUAAAUCGCCGUUACUUACAUAUUUUCACUUAUGCUAAAUUGAAUUAACAGCCAAAUAUUCAGGGACGGGGGCGGGAGAACUUAUUAGGUAAAAUUUUCUACUUUUAACUUUCAAUUAUGAAUUUUUGGUUUAAGUUGUUGCACUUUGUGUUUAAUUUUCACUUUGGAUAGGAAUCUGGUUUGUUAAAGGUAACUUGAGGAAUACUAUUGUUUUUAGAUGUUACUAACUUAUGACAAAUAUAUUACUGGCUGUUUUUGCGUAUGAAAAUGGCUCGAUUUGAUCUAAAAACCAAUCAAAAUAUCUCAUGUUUUUAUAUGGAGAAAUUGAAAAAGGUUGGUUUGAUUGUUGAAAAGCCAAUAAUAUAUUUGUCUUCAAGUUAUGAGAGUAAUUCGUACUCCUUACUUUUUUAAAUAUUUAAAAAAUAUGUUACAUAGAAACUUGGAAGUUUUUUGGAAAUUCAAGAAACACGUAUAUUGUGUUGUAAUAUGCAAUCUUAUUUCUACAAGAGGGACACAUUGAAAGCAAUGGAAUAGACUUGGAUUGAAAUUGAUGACCAUUGACUGAAUGAGCCAUGCAUAUUUUUGAAACAAUGGAAACUUGGAAGUUUGUUGGAAAGUAAAGGAUGGUUUUAUUUUCCAHGUCUUGGAAGUUGCGUUUGUCAUUGUGGUAGUAGAUUAUUUCUUCUAUUUAAGAGCCAAACUAGAAGGAGAAAGUAAGCAUUAUUUGUGAGCGUCUAAAAAGCCAUCAUUGUUACUAUAGUAACUAAAAUGGAGUGUUGGUGUGUGAGUAAGAUUAAAUCAUGGUUGUUGAUAUUGAUGAUGAUAGGUAGUCUCUUGAUUUGGCAAACACAAGGUGUUUGUGUAGAAGAGGAGAGAAAGGCACUCCUCGAAAUCAAAGGCUCACGUAUUGAUUCAUAUGGUAUGGACCUUCUCCCCACUUGGGUGGAUGAUGGUAGCACUAGGGGGAGGAGCGGUGGCAAGUGUUGUGAUUGGGAAAGGGUCACAUGUAACACCAUCAAUGGGCAUGUAACAAACUUGUCUUUGAGCAACAUGUUGGGUAUGGAAGAUGCAUUCGACACGAGGAUGUCAUGUCGUAUGUGGCCGUUAAAUGUUUCACUCUUUCUUCAUUUUAAAGAGUUAACAAAUCUCARUUUGUCAUGGAAUUGUCUUGAUAACAAUAUUGUGAGCACAGGACUUGAAAGGUUGUCGAGUUUGAAGAAUUUGGAGAUACUGGACCUCUUUGGUAACAGUAUUGGAAAUGACAUAUUUCCUUCAUUGGGUGCUCUGACUUCGCUCAGAGUUUUGGAUCUUGGUUUCAAUAACCUGGAAGGAUACUUCCCUGCUCUUGGCAUGUUUUUGGUCCUUGCAUACCUUCUUUAUUUUUUUGCAAUAACAUGUUGUAAAUAUGCUAAUUACAUAUAUUGAGCAACUUGCAGCUUUGGAAAACCUCAAUUUUUAUUAAGAUAACUAUGGAUUGCAUAAAGAUUUAAAAUUGCAUAAUAUUUAUUGUUAUAUUUGUUACAAUUUAAUGAAAUAAUUAAGGUGCAUGCAUGAAUAAUUCUAUUAAAGUAGUAGAUAUAUGCAAAUGUAAAUAAAAAGGUAAUCCGAGGGAAUGAAUAUAGCACGGUACAUUUUGGGUCUACUUUCAAAAUGAUCUUUGACUUUCGACUUAUAUGUUUUCCAGCUUCAAAAUUUUUUG